UUCUCUUGCCGGCACUUGACGGGACGAUUACCUGUGCUUUUUCACAUCAUAUAAACAAAUUGAAUUGUUGGUUAAUAAUAAAAUUCGUAUGUGUAUCUUGUUUUCAUAGAAAUGAUAAAAAAAAAUGUCUAAUAAUGACUGUGGAAUUUCAAUAAAUGGUAAUCAUACAGAUAUCGCCGUAAAAGUCUACAAAAACCGUUUGUUUAUUAUUGUCACACAAUUCCAGAAAUUUGGGUCUAUGGUCACAGUGACACGUGAAUCUUCUCUCGAUCAGUUCAACAGUGAUACAUACUCUACUCACGUAAUAUUUGGUAAAGAUACUGAAGAAAUACAUGCAGCAGUUCGUUAUAUAGCAGAAGCUAUUAAUAUUGACAGACCAUUGUUGCUAUCAAUUGCCUUAAAGGAUUACGAAUUAAGUACACUUAAAGUAAUUGUUUCAACAAUCAACAAACUAAAAGCUUGGUAAUAAUGUCUUUAAUAUUUGGCCAAUUGGUCAUUGGACCGCCGGGUAGUGGAAAAACUACUUACUGCAAUGCAAUGUGUAAUUUUUUGGAAAAAAUCGGGAGAAAAGUUGCUGUUAUAAAUAUUGAUCCAGCGAAUGAUAAUAUGGAGUACAAAACAACGAUAGAUAUUUCUGAUUUGAUAAAGCUAGAUGAUGUUAUGACUAAAUUUGAACUUGGACCAAAUGGAGGGUUGAUGUAUUGUAUGGAAUUCUUGGAAGCUAAUGUCGAUUGGUUGAUUAAAAGGAUUCUAAAUUUGAAGGACCAUUAUCUUAUUUUUGAUUGUCCUGGUCAAAUUGAACUGUAUACUCACCAUACAUCCGUAGCAGCAAUAGUAAAAAAAUUAAAUCAAAAUUUGGUCCGUCUGUGUAGUGUUUAUUUAAUAGAUUCUCAUCAUUGCACCGAUCCUGGUAAAUAUUUAUCUUCGUUAGUUGUCUGUACGAGUACAAUGUUACAACUAGCAUUACCACACGUCAAUAUAAUGACUAAAUUGGACCAAUUGAAAAAAUACGAAGACCGAUUAGCAUUUAAUAUUGAUUUUUAUACUGAAGUAUUGGACUUGAAUUAUUUACUGGAAAAACUUGAUGAGGAUCCAUCAACAGCUAGAUAUAAAAAAUUAAAUGCAGCGUUGAUAUCACUAGUUGAAGGCUACAGUCUUGUGAGUUUUCUACCAUUGGAUGUAUCAAAUCAAGCUCUUCUUUUGCGAGUUAAAAAUGCAAUUGACAAGGCUAAUGGUUACAUUUUUGGUGGUAAUGAACCUCAAGAUGUACAGACUUUACUUGCUUGCGCUGUCGGUGCAGUUAAUGAUAAUGAAAACAUGUCAACACUCGAAGCUUAUUUUUCAUAAUAAAAUAAAUAUUUAACUAAUUUUCAA